CUGGAACAUUCCCGGGACUGGUUAUAAAACGAGAGGUUGGCCUUUUUUUUGUACUGUCGAAGUGGAAAGCUGCAGAGUCGGGAGCCUGGUCCGCAGUCCGAGCGGAACGCGCUUUUGGGAACAAAGAAUGAACUUGGCAAAGAUGUACAUCCCCUUGAAAAGAUUUCAAGCAAUACUGGUUCACAUUUACUGGGUGAAACCAUGGAGAUGAAAUUCAUAAUCCUAAGCCUGCUGCUUGCCAUGGUAACAGCAGACCCAAUGAAGCUGAAAGAGCACACUUCCAUCCUUGCAGAUGGUACAAUGAACCUAGCACUCAACCUUUACAAGACAAUGGUCAAAGACAAGAAAUUUUCAUCUGAUAACCUCCUGUUCUCUCCAGUGGUGAUAGCUUCCUCCUUGGGAGUGAUGUCUCUAGGUGCCAGAGAUAACACAGCCAAACAGGUGAAGUCCCUCCUUAAUGUCAACCUGCGCGAUGAUGCUUUCCAUCCAAGUUUCUCAGAACUGUUCAAUGAAGUAAGCAAUGAAUCUGUCCGCAACACCACUUGGAAGAUUGGCAGCCGCCUUUUUGGGCCCAGUUCAAUCAAGUUCAAUGAUGACUUUGUUCAGAAGAGCAAGGCACACUACAAGCAUGAUCAUUCCAAGGUUAACUUCAGAGAUAAGAGAAGUUUGGUUCAAUCCAUAAAUGAAUGGGCCUCUAAAACCACAGAGGGAAAACUCAAAGAAAUCACCAAGGAUGUACCCAAUGUUGAUGGUGCUCUAUUUGUCAAUGCCAUGUAUUUUAAGCCUCACUGGGAUGAAAAUUUCCAACCGAGCAUGAUUGAUACAAGAGGUUUCCUGGUAUCCAGAGGUCAUACUGUUUCUGUUCCCAUGAUGCAUCGUACAGGACUUUAUAGCUACUAUGAUGAUGUAGAUAAUAAAGUUCAGCUUGUUGCGAUGCCUCUUGCACACAAACACUCCAGCAUGAUUAUCAUAUUGCCACAUCAUGUGGAGCCACUGGACAGAGCAGAGAAAUUGUUGACCAAGGAACAGCUCAACAUCUGGUUUCGCAAAAUGCAAAGAAAGGCUGUUAGCAUCUCUCUACCCAAAGCCAUUGUUGAAGUCGGUCAUGAACUACAGAAACAUUUGCAAGAGUUGGGCCUGACUGAAGCCAUAGAUAAGAACAAAGCUGAUUUCUCUGGUAUCACAGGCAAGAAAGACCUUCAUUUAUCCAGCAUGUUUCAUGCUGCAGCUAUAGAAUGGAGCAUUGAAGGAAAUAAUUUUGAUCAAGAUUUACAUUCUCAUGAAGAGAUGAAGACACCCCAGCUCUUCUAUGCAGAUCAUCCAUACAUCUUCCUGGUCCGUGAUAACAAAACUAACUCCAUACUCCUCAUAGGAAAGUUGGUCAAGCCAAGAGGCAACAAUCAUGAUGAAUUAUAAACUUGAAUUUUUUUUAAAGUGCAGUGAUAUUUUGUACAAAUACUAAUGACCUCACACUCAGAUUACAUGUGUACUUGAGGUAGUGUAUUAAUGAGUAUUAUUAUGGUUGCAUGAUGUUAAAUUGCAGUGGGGUGGGGGUAGGCUGGGAAUAAAAGAUAUUACUUGUAUUUGCAUCACCAAGGCUCAUAAAAUGCCUAAAACAUGCAAUUUGGUUCGCAAAGGUAAGCUAAUAAAGUCCUCCAUUAUUGACCGACCUACUGCCUGUAACAGCAUUUUGGGCAGCAAUGAAGGUUCUCCAUCUCUGUACUUGGCCAUCCAGAUGUAGAAGGAUUCUUCAUUGCUAUUUCCUUAACAGUUUUGAUUGACCAGUCAUGGCUGUUAUCCCCAAACUGAGCCCCUGAAAAUGAAGGACUGGUGGAUCACUUACUCUAGCCUCUAACCUUUUUUUUCUUGGGUGGCCAUACCAAGGGCCAAAGCUCUCCAAGUCACUGAGGCAUGCAGGCCUUAAAACCAUGACAAGGGUGUGAUCCUCUUGGAGGCCAUUAUUGAUGAUUGGAAUCAAAAUUUAAUUUUAGAGACUUGCAUCCUCCCUAUCACCAGAUGAAUAAAUGCACUUUUCAAUUAUUGAAUUUUUGUUGAGUUUUAUCUCCCUUGUAAAUUCCUAAAUAUUACAUUUAAGAAACAAAAGUUAAUAAUCUGAAUGAAUUCUCAAAAUGUGAUUGUCUCAUUAUUUCUUAAUCAUAAUGACCUACAACAACAGAAGCUACCUAUUUGUGCAUGAAUGUGCUUAGAAAGUGAGGUUGUUAAUGUCACCACAGGGACCAAUUAUCCUUCUAUACAACUAAAAUAAUGAUUUUAAUGAGAACAAAAUUUUGCUGCACUGUUAGGUCUAUUUUUGUAUUUUUUUGAUGAGCUGGAUCGAUUGAAUAAAUUUUUCUUCAUUCUACUAUUCGUAAUAAAAUGAAAAAAAGUA